AUGGGUAUCCAGAAGCGAACGCGCAAGUUCGCUCAGAUGAAAAGAGCAAUUGGUAGCCGCGAUAGCCGAUUAAAGCAGAACCAGGCAAAGGCCCCGCAGAAGGGAACGGACGAGAAGAAGAAGAAGAAAGACGACCUCGUCCGCGAAAUCCCCCAAGUCUCCUCCGCCCUCUUCUUCCAAUACAACACGGCCCUCACGCCCCCCUACUCCAUCCUCGUCGACACAAACUUCCUCUCGCACACGGUGCAGCACAAGCUCGACGUCAUCCCGACGAUGAUGGACUGCCUGUACGCCAAAUGCAUCCCCCUCGUGACGGACUGCGUGCUGGCGGAGUUGGAGAAGCUGGGCCCGAAGUACCGCAUCGCGCUGCGCAUCGCGAAGGAUCCGCGCUUCGAGAGGCUGAAGUGUGACCAUAAGGGCACGUAUGCGGACGAUUGUCUGGUUGAUCGCGUCAUUAAGCACCGGGUUUACAUUGUGGCGACGAAUGAUAGGGAUUUGAAGCGGAGGAUUCGGAAAAUCCCUGGUGUGCCGAUUAUGAGCGUCGCGCGGGCGAAAUAUGUUAUUGAGCGGCUUCCUGACGCUCCUGAGAAAUGA